AUGCACAACAGAAGGAAAGAGAUCCUUGGUGAUGGUUACAUCAGAGAGCGUGCUAGGAGAGCUGUGGAGGCAGAAUUUGAGGAUAUUUUUGCAGGGGUUGAGGAUCAGCCUGCAGUACCCCAGCCUGAACCACCCAAACCCCAGCCUGAACCACCCCAGCCUGAACAAAACCAGCCAGAACAACCUGAUGAGGCUUUUGGGUAUAAUGCUGCCUAUGGUGAUGAGGAUGAUGGACAGAGUGGCAGUGGCAGUAGCAGCGGUAGUGGUGGCGAAUCCAGUGGAGAAGAUGGACAGAGUGCUAGUGAUGAAGAAGCUGAUGAGGCUGAAGACCCACUUACAGUGUCUCUCCGUCAGUGGGCUGUGCAGUUCAAGGUGCCCCUUGUUGCUGUAGAUUCACUUUUAACACUUCUUCAGCCUCAUCAUCCAACACUUCCAAAGUCUGCCAAGACACUUUUGAAAACACCAAGAGAAAGGCCCCUGUUCAAGCAGCUGCUGAAUGGAAAGUAUUGCCACAUUGGGUUAAAAAAAGGUCUCUUGUCUAGAACUUCUAAAGGCAUCAAACCUAAUACAGAGUCCAUUUCUCUAGACAUCUUUGUUGAUGCUUUCAAGAUAUAUGAUACAGGAAGUAACAAGUGCACUGCUAUCCUGGGCCGCAGCCUAGAUCUUAUUGACAAGAGACCAUUUGUUGUUGGAUUGUUUUAUGGUGCAGGCGAUCCAAAUCCAAUUGAAGACUUUCUAUCUGAUUACAUUACUGAAAUGCAUGUUUUACUAGCUGAUGGGAUUUCAGUACUAAAUCAGAACUUUCCUGUGCGUGUAAGACUCUAUGAAGCUGAUGCUCUGGGGCGAGCCUACUUAAAGGGCACAGCUAGCCACUCUUCUCGUGAUGGUUGUGAACGUUGCACUCAAGUGGGUCCACAUCAUGGCCACCAGUGUUACUCUACAGAAGUCUCUGAACCUCCUAGAACUGAUGUGUCCUUCCGUGAUCUACGAGAUCAACAACACCACAAUUAUGUCAGUCCUCUUACUCAGCUUCCUACUGGGUUCAUAUCACAAUUUCCUUUCUGUGCAAUGCACCUCUUAGAUUUAGGCAUUUGUCGCAGGUAUUUAUCUUUUAUCGUAGAAACGGGCCAGGGUCCCCUGAAUGCGCGGAUGACAGCAGCACAAAUGAAUCUCUUGAGUGACCUUCUGAACACCUGCUCAAAUUUUAUCCCUGUCGAAUUCACUCGAAAACCAUCUUUGAAAAGACUGAAGAGCUGGAGAGCUUCUGAACUAAAAAUGUUCAUGUUGUAUUUGGCCCCUGUUUUACUUUGUUUUGUGGAGAAAGAUGAAAUUUUUAAACUAUUCAUGCUGCUGCACACUUCUGUUUUCAUCAUGCACAGUGACAAUUUAAUCAGAUCCCAUCUUCAAGCUGCCAAAGAAAAUUUGCAACUAUUUGUACAGUAUAGUGCACAGCUUCUAGGACCUGGAUUUGUAGUUUACAAUGUGCAUUCGGCUUUGCAUCUACAUGAAGAUGUGGAAAGACAUGGGAAGUUAUCCUCUUUUUCAGGGUACCCUUUUGAAGACAUGCUUGGCCAGCUUAAGAGAGUUGUGAGGUCACCCAAUAGGCCCCUUGAGCAAGUGUUUCGCAGGUUAGCUGAGAAGGAGAAGACAGCAGAGCGACAGGAGAGAAGAAGAAUUAGUUUGCUCAGAGAGCACAGAAAUGGACCUGUACCCAUGAACGUUGACUUUAAUGCCCAGUUUUCACAGUAUAACCAUGAUCUGUAUACUUUAAAGAUAUCCAUACCUAAUAAUUGUGUAGGUCUUGCAGAUGGGAAGUAUGGGCUAGUGGUGAAUAUUUUAUCUUCAUUGGAUGAUAUACUCCUGGUAGUUAAAGUGUUCAGGAGAACAGCUGACAUCUAUGACUUUCCCAUGCCAUCCACCACCUUAGGAAGCUGUGUGGUAGGAGACCUUGAUGACCAUUUGCAAACAUACAAUAUUUCUGAUCUUGUCUUCAAAUGCUUCAUGCUUCCAAUGGAUGGGGAUACAUAUGCAGCUGUUCCCCUUGUCCAUAUGGUGUAGUUUUCGUUGGUGAGUAGCUAGAAUAACAAAUGUAAACACUCCUUGCAGUACAUUGGGAAUUUGUAGUUAAUACAGUAAGUCCAUCAUGUUACUACUGUUGUUUAGUUCAAGUGUAAAAUGAACUAGGACUAAUUUUAUUCUAUCCCACAGAAAAAUCAGAAGAUUGGGCUGUUGCACACUCUGGACAACGAUGGGCAGUUCAACACCCAGCCCAAUAAAAGGUUCAAACCUUUCCUUAACCGGAAUACUCCUCUCGCACCUGUACCAGAGGUACAGCCCAACGUCUCAGCUCCACAGUAAGUGUUCUAUUGAUCUACAAUUACCCCUUGGCAACUGUAUGUG